GCCCAAUCACAAGGUGUUAAAAAUGGGCCUCAAAUAAUUAUUCAAUCUUCUUUUUUCAGACCUACUCUUCUCUCUCUGGGGGUUUUCGACGACAUCUUGUGACUGUGUUUUCCGCGGAAAAUAAAAUGGGUAUUAUUGAAAAGAUCAAAGAAAUUGAAGCCGAAAUGGCUCGGACCCAGAAAAACAAAGCCACAGAGUAUCAUCUUGGGCAGCUCAAGGCGAAGAUAGCAAAACUAAGGACACAAUUAUUGGAGCCUCCGAAAGGUUCUAGUGGAGGCGGAGAAGGAUUUGAAGUUACAAAAUUUGGCCAUGGACGUGUUGCGCUGAUAGGAUUUCCAAGUGUGGGGAAGUCUACUCUUUUGACAAUGUUAACGGGCACACACUCUGAAGCUGCAUCUUAUGAGUUCACAACUCUGACCUGUAUUCCUGGGAUUAUACACUAUAAUGAUACUAAAAUUCAGUUACUCGAUCUUCCUGGAAUUAUUGAAGGUGCUUCUGAAGGCAAGGGACGAGGGAGACAGGUUAUUGCUGUUGCUAAAUCUUCAGACAUAGUGCUGAUGGUUCUUGAUGCUUCCAAAAGUGAGGGUCAUAGGCAAAUAUUGACCAAAGAGCUGGAAGCAGUAGGCUUGCGAUUAAACAAGAGACCACCUCAGAUAUAUUUUAAAAAGAAAAAGACGGGAGGCAUUUCAUUCAAUAGCACUUUGCCUUUGACUCAUGUCGAUGAGAAGCUGUGUUAUCAGAUCCUGCAUGAGUACAAGAUUCACAAUGCAGAGAUCCUUUUCCGUGAGGAUGCUACAGUAGAUGAUCUCAUAGAUGUCAUUGAAGGAAACCGAAAAUACAUGAAGUGUGUAUAUGUGUACAACAAGAUAGACGUCAUUGGUAUUGAUGAUGUGGACAGACUAGCUCGACAACCCAAUUCUGUUGUCAUUAGCUGCAAUUUGAAGCUGAACUUAGACAGACUACUUGCAAGGAUGUGGGACGAAAUGGGUCUGGUUAGAGUUUACACAAAACCACAAGGCCAGCAACCAGAUUUCUCUGAUCCUGUGGUUCUUUCUGCUGAUAGAGGAGGCUGCACUGUAGAAGAUUUUUGCAACCAUAUUCACAGAAGUUUGGUGAAGGAUGUCAAAUAUGUUCUGGUCUGGGGUGCUAGUGCAAGACACUACCCACAACAUUGCGGUCUUAGUCAUAAUCUUCGUGACGAAGAUGUGGUUCAAAUUGUUAAGAAAAAGGAAAAGGAGGAGGGAGGAAGGGGAAGAUUUAAAUCACAUUCCAAUGCACCUGCUCGGAUAUCUGACAGAGAGAAGAAGGCACCACUGAAGACAUAAUGUGUUAUGUGAGACUACCUGUGAUUUCAUUGAUUUGCCUGGUGGAUGGGAAAAAUGACCAGAGUUGAUGAUACAUCCAAAUCAAAGGUGAUAGCUCUUCCAACAUAGGGUUGAAUUUUCCUAUGUUUUUUGCCACCCAAGUGUUGUAACACCACCCCUCCCCUGAAAAAAUAGUUUUUGUCUAUUAUGAAGUGUGCGUCUAUGACUUGAAGAGAAGCAGAAAGUAAAGGAAACGGGCACUGCAUCUUAACAA